AUCCAUAUACGUUUGGACAGAUCUGAUGUCGCAGAAUAAGAUUGACUUGUGAGUAACGUUCACCGGACCUUGGUUCUGUCAAUGGUUUUUUUGUUUGCGGGUGUCGAGAAGCUUUUCGCGUUUGUUGACUAUGAGACUAUGACAUCAUCUGGCCAGUUAGAUACGUUCUGGCGAGAUAUAAUCCUACGCUAAGAACAGUGCACGGCAGAAUGGCAAAAGAACCGCACGUUUGUGAUAAUAAUUAGCAGGUGCCGGUUCGAGUUUCGAUUAUCACGUCCAUCUUCUAUGAACGUUGUUUAACAGUUUCGACUAAGCUCUAGUGAUGACUGCUUUAUAAAAAAUUAACGGAGUUUUGGAAAUAAUAUUGAUUAUUUUAAGUAAGAAUGGAGUAUUUCAAAAAUUGGUGGAGGUCACGGAUUGGAAGGCGGCAUAAAUAUAUUAUCAUACCAUAUCAGCCAGAUGUAACUGAUGGCACCAGAUUGGGCGUGCUCGCCGUCCAAGGCAUCGACUUCUGCAAUGACGCCAACGGGGAAAACCAUCACACGAGCAAAUUCAAUCUGAUGACCAGACCCGUGGACAGCUGUCUCGUGGUGCGGCGAGGACAGGCCUUCAAACUCGACCUGCUGCUCAACCGGCCCUAUGAUGCCUCGAGGGACGCGCUGUCCUUUAUUUUCUACGUGUCCGAUGUGGAGAAACGCGGACCAUCAGACGACACAUCAGCUGCAGUUCCACUGCUGGACAAAGGAUCAGAGAUGCCCGGAUCCUGGACGGCCGUGUACGAAGGCCAAAUGGACUCCCACCUGAUGGUCGCCGUCACGGCUUCAGCUAACUGCAUCAUCGCUUCUUGGAGACUCGACAUUGACACCAAGCUCAAGACUGGAGGGUCCUUAAGCUAUACGCAUCCACAGCCCAUUUAUGUGCUAUUUAAUCCUUGGUGCUUAAACGAUGAGGUUUAUAUGCCAGGACAUAGCCAUCGUGAAGAAUAUGUUCAAGAAGAUGGUGGUCUGAUGUAUCGAGGCGUUUACAACAGAAUAAAACCAACGCCAUGGAACUACGCUCAGUACGACAAAGACAUUCUGGAUUGCGCGCUUUAUCUAGUCAGAGAAAUCGGAAAGGUGAAAGGUCGCGCCCGAAGCGACCCCAUUCGGACAGUGCGGGCGUUGUCCGCCGCCGUAAACGUCCAGGACGACAACGGCGUGCUGAUGGGCAACUGGGGCGCCGAGCUCAGCGACUAUGACGGAGGAACACACCCACUCAAGUGGGUCGGCUCCCUCGCUAUCCUACAGAAGUAUUACAUCAAGAAAAAACCCGUCAAAUACGCGCAAUGCUGGGUUUACGCAGGUGUCUUAACCACAAUUUGCAGAGCUCUAGGUAUUCCCUGCCGGCCGGUGACCGGGUACGACGCGGCGCACGACAGCCAGGGCAGCCUCACCGUCGACAUCAUCAAGGACGAUGACGGUAACACGCUCGACCACUUCACGCAGGACUCUAUCUGGAACUAUCAUGUUUGGAACGAGGUAUGGAUGGAGAGGCCAGACCUAGGCCCCGAGUACGGAGGCUGGCAAGCCAUCGACUCGACGCCACAAGAAAUGUCAGAGGACCUCUUCCGCUGCGGCCCGGCGUCUAUACGCGCGGUUCGCGACGCCGACAUUCAGAAACCGUAUGACUCGGGAUACGUUUUCGCGCAAGUCAAUGCUGAUAAGGUAUUAUGGAAAUAUUCCGGUGAAAUCCAGCCUCUCAAGCUAUUGGCUCGGGACACGACUUCUGUUGGACAAAAUAUAUCUACUAAAGCCAUCGGAAAGAUGGAACGAGAGGACAUAACUGACUCAUACAAAUAUCCGGAGCGCACGUGGGAGGAGCGCGCGACGAUGGAAAAAGCUCUGCGUCGGUCAUCCAACAUCUUUGCACGAUACUACCUCAACGAUGCCUUCAACGAUGUGGUGUUUGACUUCGAGCUGAGAGACGAUAUAAAGAUCGGGCAGAACUUCAGUGUGAUCCUUCACAUGAACAACCGCUCGUUAGAGAACAAGCACCAAGUGAAAGGGGUACUGCGAGUAGACACCGUGACGUACACGGGCAAGUCCGGAGAGUCCGUCAAACGACAGGAGUUCGACUCAACGUUAGCACCCGAGGCCAAGGAGCAGGUGACCAUGUUGGUCACCUUCGAUGAGUACUACAAGCGACUCGUAGAUCAGGCAUCCUUCAAUAUCGCCUGUCUCGCCUCAAUAGUGGACAAAAACUUUGACUACUUCGCGCAAGACGACUUCCGGGUCCGCAACCCCGACAUUAAGAUCACCGUGGAAGGCAAGCCUGUGUCGCACAAGGAAUUUACUGUUACUGUCAAGCUGGAGAACCCGCUGCCCAUACCGCUGAAGAAUGGAAAAUUCUACAUCCAGGGCCCGGGAUUGGAUGAGCAGCUCAAGAUCUCUCUGGAUGAGAACGUGCCCCCCGGCGAAUUAGCGACCGCGCAGUUCAAGCUGACGCCGCCGUGGGCCGGACGGCACCAGAUCUCAGCCAAGUUCACCUCCAAGGAGAUACACGACAUCGACGGCUUCCUCAUCCUCAUGGUCGCGCCCCCAGAGACCAACGGAUACUCGGAAACAAACGGAUUAUAAGAAAACUAUUUGUACUCUACUGUGCCAUUGAAAGAACUCGCGAAUAUAAAAGUAGGUAGGUAUAGGUAUUAUACAUAUAUGCACUGUGAGCAAUCAGCAUCAAAUAAAUAAUUAAUAGUGACGGCCAAAAUGGCCCAAUACAUCGAAACACAUUGUUAUUUCUGUGGUAACAAUGGUGUGUUCCGAUAUAUUUGACCACUUUGGCCGUCAUUAUCUAUUUGCUGCUGACUGUCAUAGAUCAACCUGUAUGUAGCACAAUAACUUCUUGAAGGAGGCAGCGAAAACUUUACUAAAAGUUUGAGAAAAGAUGUAAGUAUCAAGGAUACCACCAGCGUGCGGCACUGUGCAGCACCAGCAUUUUUGUACUGAAUAUGUUUGUUCCGCACACUGGUGGAUUAAAUGUAGCUUCCAAGAGGCAUCAGUUAGGUAUGUUAACCUUUUGAACGCUUUACAUCAUAAACAAAAACCGGCCAACAGCGAGUCGGACUCGCGCACCGAGGGUUCCGUACUUUUUAGUAUUUGUUGUUAUAGCGGCAACAGAAAUACAUCAUGAAAAUUUCAACUGUCUAGCUAUCACGGUUCAUGAGAUACAGCCUGGUGACACAGAAUAACUAAUAGUACUCUGGUGACAGACAGACGGACAGCGAAGUCUUACUAAUAGGGUCCCGUUUUUACCCUUUGGGUACGGAACCCUAAAAACGAUGCAAAAACGUCAGUCACGCCAAGGUAACGGGCGCAAGCGAGCGAAUGUAAACUUUAUUGAAAGUGUGAAGGUUACUUUGACAGCGUCCGCCAUAGCACCCAUAGUGGUACUUGGCGCUGUUAGUAACUAGUAACGACCACUUUAGGGGUUCUUGGCGUUCAAAGGGUUAAAUAUAAUUACUCAUAGUGGCCCGGCCUCCGCAUGAUCUGCAGCUCAAGGCAAUUUAUUAAGGGGAGCGUGGUAUUAUGUGAAGUAUGUGCGAACACUUUAUAUGUCGUUAUAAGCCGCAGUUGUGUCAGUAGAAAAAAAUAGGCAAAUUUGAAAAAUGUAAGCGCGCAUGAUCGUUCUCCUAUAAAAAUUUUGAUUUUCAGGCCUAUUUCUACUGAAAAAGUUGGCUUGCCAUCAGAGUACAAAAUAUUAUGAUAUUAAUGAUACGACAAUUGAAGGAGGUAAAAAAGCACUACUAUUAGUAUGUCUGAGUUUUUAUCUUCGGUGCAUAGUAAAAAGCUUUAAAUGUGUUUUAGUUUUUACCUUACUGCCUACAGUCAGGAGCGGAAAGCAGCUAAGCUAACAAAAUUUACAAAAUG